UUUAUAUAAAAUUGAAGUUAUAUUAGAAUAUUAACCGAAAUAACUAUAAUAAAUUACAACUUCACAACUUGACGAAAAUAGCUAUUUUGUUACUCAGCUGUCAGCUCAAACUUGCGUGGCAAUUGACAUAGCUACCCCGAGGAAUUAACCGUGACAAGGGCGAGGAUCGUCAUUUCAGUCAAAAGACCUUACUGCUUCUUACGCACAGUAGUUCGUUCAGUCCACCACCACUACCAGUAGAACGUUACGUGCUCUCUCACUUCUGCAGGUUUUACGGCCUCUCACUUUCCAUACUCAUUGACAAUUACCAUUUUACCCCGCUCCACCACUCUCCUUUCCUGGUUUCCUACUUCCCACUCACUUAACCCUCUGCUCUCGCCAGCCGCCUCCCACAAACCCCCUUUCUCUCGCUGCCUCGCCACCGGCAACUAUGGCGACCACCCUGAACCCACAUUCCGCUCUCCCCUUCCUCUUCCUUCUCCUUCUCACCCCCACACUCUCCGCAACCACCGUCAACCCAGAUUUAGCCCCAUUAAUGGAAUUCAAAGCCGCUUCCGAUCCAACCAACCGCCUCUCCGACUGGAACCCUUCCUCCGCCGACCCCUGCAACUUCACCGGCGUCACCUGCCUCAAAUACAGAGUAACCCGACUCGUCCUCGAGAACCUGAACCUCACCACCUCUUCACAUCUCCACCUCCGCCCACUCGCUUCCCUGACUCACCUCCGAGUCCUCAGCCUCAAAUCCAACUCGCUCGCCGGCCCGCUCCCCGAUUCCCUCUCCAAUUUGACCUCCCUCAAGCUCCUCUUCCUCUCCCACAACAGAUUCUCGGGCGAAUUCCCUGUCUCCCUCCUCUCCCUCUCCCGCCUCUACCGCCUGGAUCUCGCCCACAACAACUUCUCCGGCGCAAUCCCCGCGGGCCCCACCUCGCUCAGCCGUUUGACCCACCUGUUGACUCUCCGCCUCGAGGACAACAAUUUCACCGGCUCCAUCUCUUCGUUAGUCCUGCCGCCGUCGCUCCACGAUUUCAACGUCUCCGGUAACCGCCUCUCCGGCGGGAUCCCCAAAUCGAUGUCCGGCUUCCCUACCUCCGCUUUCUCCCGCAACAACGCUCUCUGCGGGGAACCGUUGGCUCAACCCUGCAAAUCCGGGUCGCUGGACCCCACAAUCCCAGGAUCCGGCGGAGCAAUUUCGUCUCCGGGAAGCAGUGGUAGCAAGCCGACGGAGGUUGUGGCGUCGUCGCCAAGCUCGCUGCCGACGGCGGCGGCGAAGGAAGCGGGAAAGCCGACGACGACGAACACGACGUCGAAGAUAGGUCCAGCGGCAGUAAUCGCGAUCAUCCUCGGCGACCUUCUGGUCCUGGCGGUGGUCUCCCUCCUCCUCUACUGCUACUUCUGGCGCAACUACGCCGCCAAGAUGAAGCUCCGGAAAGGAGGCGGAGGCGGACCAGGAGGAAAGCUUUCUACGACGGCGGAGACGGAGAAGAUCGUGUACUCGUCGAGCCCGUACCCGAACCCGAAUCCGACCGGGUCGGCCCACGCGGGCGGCGGGCCCCGGAUGAUGAUGGUGUUCUUCGAAGGAGCCAAGAGGUUCGAGCUGGAGGAUCUGCUGAGGGCGUCGGCGGAGAUGCUGGGGAAGGGCGCGUUCGGGACGGCGUACAAGGCCGUGCUCGACGACGGCAAUGUGGUGGCGGUGAAGCGGCUCAAGGACGCCAAUCUCGUCGGCGGCGGGAGCGCCGCCGCCAAGUUCGAGCAGCAGAUGGAGGUGCUGGGGAGGCUCCGGCACCCCAAUUUGGUGAGCCUGAGAGCGUACUACUUCGCCAGGGAGGAGAAGCUCCUCGUCUACGACUACAUGACCAACGGCAGCCUCUUCUGGCUUCUCCACGGUAACCGGGGACCUGGGAGGACGCCGCUGGACUGGACCACAAGGCUCAAGAUAGCAGCCGGAGCAGCACGGGGCUUGGCUUUCAUCCACUCCUCCUGCAAAGCACUCAAGCUCACCCACGGCAACAUCAAGUCCACCAACGUCCUCCUCGACCGCUCCGGCAACGCCCGAGUCUCCGACUUCGGUCUGUCCUCCUUCGCCUCCUCCUCUUCCUCCGCCGCGGCGCCCAGAGCCAACGGGUACCGUGCCCCGGAAUCCGGUCCGGAUUCCAGGAAGCUGACACAGAAAUCCGACGUGUAUUCCUUCGGGGUGCUGCUGCUCGAGCUGCUAACUGGGAAGUGUCCAUCUCUGGCAGACUGCGGAGUUGGGAUGGGAGGUGGGUAUGGUGGUGGUGGCGGCGGCGGCGGGGUGGUUGACUUGCCGAGGUGGGUGCAGUCGGUGGUGAGGGAAGAGUGGACGGCGGAGGUGUUCGAUUUGGAGCUGAUGAGGUACAAGGAUAUCGAGGAGGAGAUGGUGGGCCUGCUGCAGAUUGCGAUGACGUGUACCUCGCCGGUGCCGGAUCAGCGGCCGAAGAUGAGCCAGGUGGUGAAGAUGAUCGAGGAGUUGAGAGGUGGUACCGAGGUUUCUCCUGCUCAUGAGGGCUUUGACUCUGUCUCGGAUUCGCCUUCGCUGUCGGAGGACACUGCUGGUGGUGGUGCCACCAGCCAGUAGUAAAAAAAGUAGAGGUCAAAACCCACAACUAGCUAGCUAGGCAGUAAAAGACAAGUAACCGAUUCGUUGUUUGUUUGGUUGUUAUUGUAGUCUUGUGUUUAAGUUUAACCACUGUUAUUUACUUCAUUGUUGGAACGGGUAACAAGGUACUUUAUUGGUUUGGUGGGGUGAAUGAUGAUUGUAGUUAUAUUUUGGCGGUUUGCCUUCUCGGUAACAAUUCUCAUUCAAGUGGAAGUUACUGUACUU